AUGUCGGCCAUGGAAGCUUUCCGAGCAAUACUCAAUGGACCGGUGGUGGCUGGUGUGGGGGCUACUGUGGAUCCAGGACUCAUCCGAGACAAGUACCAUAUCGUUCCUUGGGACCCUACUAGACGAGUGCAGGUUGAACUCACCGUCACAGAAGAAGGCAAUAUAAUCGGGACAAACCCUAGUACUAAAUUCGUGGAUAUUGUUCUCGAUGACAUCAUUCAUUAUGCCAAAUACAUAUCAAGAAAAUCUUCGGAUUCGAUGUAG